GUGCUAGGAUUACAGGUGUGAGCCACUGCACCCGGCCCAGAAACAUUCUUAACACAAAUGAUAACUCACGCUGUCAUUUUCAGACAUAUCUAUCCAGAAUUAGACACAAAUAUGCACAAUUAAGCAAUUUGCUUAGUUUUGAUGCAGUCAAUCCUAAAAUAUAUCAAACAUAAUAUAUAUCUUAAGACAUUUUUAUGUAAUUUGUAUAUAAUAUUUUUACUUCCCUUUGCACAUUUUUAAAUGUAUACAUGGAUGUUGCCUAUGUCAGGGCAGUUCUUAAUUUCUAUGGUAAUCAAAAGAAAUAAUGGCAUCUAAAAUGGCAACUCUUGUCAUGGGCACUGUAGUGAAUUGGUUCAAAAUGUGUUUGUGUAGCUUAUGCCUGUAGUCCCAGCUAUUUGGGAGGCUGAGGUGGGAGGAUCCCUUGAGCCCAGGAGGUUGUGGCCCUGAUGAGAUAUAAUUGUGGCCCUGCACUCUAGCCUGGGAGACAGAGGGAGACUUUGUCUCUAAAACAUGUAUUUGUGGUUGUUGUACCUUUGUUGAAAGUGGGACUAACGUAAAUGAUGGUGGACUGUGAUCAUUCAAGAUUUACAGAAGAUUGUAAUAUUAUUUCUGUUCCCCGAGGUCCUAAAAGAUAUUUUCACAAAAAUGAAUGGUAAACUUCAGAGAACGCUAAAAAUUAUUUGAAAUAAUCUCUGGCAUUCUUUUAAAUGCUUCAUCAUCUUGGGGAAGGAAAUAUUAUGAGUGUCACCUUUGCAGAUUUAGCAGAAAUAAAAUUCUCUAUAUGAUAGUUUCACAAAACGAUGCAGUAUUAAUUUAGGACUCUAAGCGUCGCUGUUCACUAACCCGGGCAAGAAAAAUCAACGAAACUCGGGUUAUAUUCUCCAGUCACAAAGCAAAUCAGACAGGAAGCAGGAAAGCUGUGCACAAACUCUGACCGGAAACACUUCGCAUCUGAUCUCUGCUUGCUGAAGGACCUUGACCUCUAUUUCUGAGAAGCGCAAAAGUGGUGCGGAUCUGUUCUUCCCUUUAAUCCCAAGGAAGUCUCUAACAAGCCAGUAAUGGCGGCUCUGCAGAGGCGCCCGCGGCGCAGCGAGCAGCUCUCGCUCCUCACGCUCCUGGGGACGCUGUGGGGGGCUGCGGCAGCGCAGAUCCAAUACUCUAUUCCUGAGGAGCUGGAGAAAGGUUCCUUCGUGGGCAACAUUGCCAAGGACCUGGGGCUGGAGCCCCGGGAGCUGGCGGAGCGCGGAGUUCGCAUCGUCUCCAGAGGCAGGACGCAGCUUUUCUCUCUGAACCCGCGCAGCGGCAGCUUGGUCACCGCGGGGAGGAUAGACCGGGAGGAGCUCUGCGCUCAGAGCCCGCAGUGUCUGGUGAGUUUUAACAUUCUUGUCGAGGAUAAACUGAAUCUUUAUCCUGUGGAAGUAGAAAUAGUGGACAUUAAUGACAAUACACCCCGAUUCUUAACGGAAGAACUGGAAGUGAAAAUUCUCGAAAACGCAGCUCCAUCCUCUCGUUUUCCACUAAUAGAGGUCUAUGACCCUGAUGUGGGAAAGAACUCCCUUCAGGGCUUUAAGCUCAGCAGCAAUAGUCACUUCUCAGUGGACAUGCAAAGCGAAGCCCAUGGGCCCAAGUACCCGGAGCUGGUGCUCGAGGGCACCCUGGACCGGGAAGGAGAAGCCGUUUACCACCUGGUCCUUACUGCCAUGGAUGGCGGUGACCCUGUCCGCUCAAGCGUCGCCCGAAUUCUGGUAACAGUUCUAGAUGCAAAUGACAACGCUCCAGUGUUUACUCAGCCCGUCUACCGUGUAAGUGUUCCUGAAAACUUGCCAGUAGGCACACCAGUGUUAGCAGUAAAUGCCACCGACCGGGAUGAAGGAGUCCACGGGGAAGUAACUUAUUCCUUUGUGAAGAUUACAGAAAAGAUCUCACAAAUUUUUAGUUUGAAUGCUUUGACUGGAGAGAUUUCAACUUCUGCAAAUCUAGACUAUGAGGACUUGAGCUUUUAUGAGCUGGAUGUUGAAGCCCGAGAUCGGCCAGGUCUUCGAGACAGAGCGAAAGUCUUAAUAACUAUCUUGGAUGUCAAUGAUAAUGUACCAGAAGUGGUUGUUACAUCUGGAAGCAGAACAAUUGCUGAAAGUGCGCCUCCAGGAACAAUAAUCGCUCUUUUUCAAGUGUUCGAUCGAGACUCUGGACUGAAUGGUCUGGUAACCUGUUCCAUCCCGAGAAGUCUCCCAUUUGAAUUGGAAAAAUCAGUUGACAAUUAUUAUCGAUUAGUGACAAAUGCAGCUCUAGACCGGGAAGAGGUGUCCUUGUACAACGUCACUGUGACAGCCACAGACAAAGGAACACCAUCUCUGUCUACAGAAACAAUCAUCUCCCUAAAUGUGGCAGACACCAACGACAACCCACCCACCUUCCCCCACUCAUCCUACUCAGUCUAUGUCCUUGAAAACAACCCCAGGGGCGCCUCCAUCUUCUCUGUGUAUGCACUGGACCCUGACAUGGACCAGAACGCCCGAGUCGCCUACUCACUGGCAGAAGACACCCUUCAGGGGGCGCCCCUGUCCUCCUACGUGUCCAUCAACUCUGACACUGGCAUUCUGUACGCCCUGCGCUCCUUCGAUUAUGAGCAGUUGAGAGACCUACAGCUGUGGGUGACAGCCAGCGACAGCGGGGACCCGCCCCUCAGCAGCAAUGUAUCCUUAAGCGUGUUCGUGCUGGACCAGAACGACAAUGCGCCCGAGAUCCUAUACCCCGCCCUCCCCACAGAUGGUUCCACUGGCGUGGAGCUGGCGCCCCGCUCCGCAGAGCCCGGCUACCUGGUGACCAAGGUGGUGGCGGUGGACAGAGACUCAGGCCAGAACGCCUGGCUGUCCUACCGCCUGCUCAAGGCCAGCGAGCCUGGACUCUUCACGGUGGGGCUGCACACGGGCGAGGUGCGCACGGCGCGGGCCCUGCUGGACAGAGACGCGCUCAAGCAGAGCCUCGUGGUGGUGGUCCAGGACCACGGCCAGCCCCCACUCUCGGCCACUGUCACACUCACCGUGGCUGUGGCCGACAGCAUCCCCGAAAUCCUGGCCGACCUGGGCAGCCUUGAACCCUCAGAGGGUUCUCACAACUCAGACCUCACGCUGUACCUGGUCGUGGCGGUGGCCGCGGUCUCCUGCGUCUUCCUGGCCUUCGUCAUCGUGCUGCUGGCGCUCAGGCUGCGGCGCUGGCACAAGUCACGCCCGCUGCAGACUUCGGGAGAUGGCUUGGCGAGCGUGCCGGGUUCUCACUUUGUGGGCGUGGACGGGGUGCGGGCUUUCCUGCAGACCUAUUCCCACGAGGUCUCCCUCACCGCGGACUCGCGGAAGAGUCACUUGAUCUUCCCUCAGCCCAACUAUGCAGACACGCUCAUCAACUCGGAGAGCUGUGAGAAAAGCGAGCCUCUUCUGAUAACUCAGGAUUUACUCGAAACGAAAGGAGACCCCAAGCAACUUCAGGUGAGUUUAUUUCCGCAGAAGCGGAAGAGUCAUUUGAUCUUCCUGCAACCCAACUAUACAAACAAGCUCAUCAGCCAGAACGGCUGGAAGAGAAGUGAACUCUUUUGGUACAGGAAGAUUCAUGAUUUUGUAAAGCGGAAGAUUCCCUUGUUCAGGUGAGGGUAUUGUUUUUAUUGGUUGAGGAGGAUUAAAAAUUAUCUUUGAUUAGUGCUUAGUUUUCUUAGUCCUUUGCAGGGAAUCAUAUAAUUUUAAUGUUUUUCUUUCAUAAGGAAAGAUUGUUCUUAAGUCUUAAUUUUGUGGGGGGAAAUAAUGCAUGUCCUAGUUUUUCUUUAUCUCUCUCUUCUUGGCAAGCUCUGUCUCAGAUCGAGUGCAUCUCAUUUCUUAGGUUUUUCCUACUAUGUGACAUUUGUAAGGUUCUUUCUUUUUCUGAUGUGGGAAAAUAACCUUAAUUUAGGUCUGUAUUACAGAAGAUCAAGAUCUUGGUUGUGGGUAGAGUGGUGGCUCACACCUGUAAUCCCACCUCUUUAGGAGGCUGAGACGGGAGGAUCCCUUGAGGCUAGGAGUCUGAGACCAGCUUGAGCGACAUAGCAGGACUCUGUCUCUAUCAAAAAAAAAAGAAAUUAGCCAGAUGUUGUGGUAUGUGCCUGUAGUACCAGCUACUGGGGAAUCUCUGAUAGGAGGCUUAUUUAGGGGUCCUUGUCCAAGGUUCUGAGUCUGCAGUGAGCUAUAACUGUGCCACUGCACUCUAGCCUGGGAGACAGAAUGAGACUCUCUCUCAAGGAAAAAAAAAUAUUUUGUUUUUUCUCAGUGUUACUUAAUAAUUAUUAAUGACAGAGGUUCAUAUGACAGAUGUUUCACCUUUAUUACCUAGAAAUCAAAAUUAUUUUUAAAAAGAUAGGAAUCAUUGAAAACUGCAGCAGGGAACACCUGAUUUUUGGUGUUAGAACUAUCUGUUAUUUACUUGGGCCAGUUACAGUCACUAUUAUCUUCCAAUUAAAAUUAAGAUUAAAAAGACUUACCAGAGAUAGGAUCUCCCUCUGUUGCCCAGACUGGAGUAAAAUCCACUUGUAACUGCUGCUCAUAGAGUGUGUAUCCAGGGCAACUCGAAUCUAUGUUCCUGGGUUGCAAUCCUCAAGUCUGGCGCAAAUAAACUCUACUUAUAUUAUCUUUUAAAACAAGACUUUCUUUAUCUAUCUAACUCAGAUUCUAAGAAAAUAAUUUUAUGAGACUUCUUUCAAACUAUAAAGCAGUAUAGUGAACAAAUAUUUGUUGACAUCACCAUUAUUAUAACAAUUGGGUUGUUAACAAAUAACUGUAAGUACCCGAUGCUGUGUGCCUACUAUAAUGUCUUUUGCAUACUGUGUGCCUCAUAGUAUUUAAGAGUAAAAAUUAAUUUUAAAUCAUGCUUGGUAGUGUCUGCUUACAGGGAAUAUCUCUAAAAAUAGGUGACUGAAUGGCAAAUGGGAGAACAAAUUUAAUGGGGUUCAAAUAAAAAGUUAAAUAUUUCAGCAUUUUAACCCAGACAAUAAGGCUUCCAUCGUAUAGAAACUCUUUAUUGAAAUAUUUCAAGAAAAAUGGGACUAUCAUUUAGAAGAAUGAUUAGUCUUAUUUAUUAUGACUGAAACAUGCAAACGAAAUCAUUGUUUCAUGAACAGAAAACAGCAAAGCUUUUUACUAUUAACGAUGUUCGAAAAGAAAAUGGAUCACUAAGGAGGUAGGAGAUUCUGUUAUCAGCAGUCUUCAGAAGUUAAGUUCGUGGCCCUGGAAUUCAUGGAGCACAGAGGAUUCUAUAAUUUGAUGAGUUGUUGAACGACAUUAUAGUCAAGAUUUUUUUCCAGUCAUGAGUUGGAAGAUUCUCCAAUCUAGUGUUAUUGUAGAAUGGAUUGGCCACUUGUGCAUCUAAAUUUAUUAUGCGUGUGUAAGAAAAAAGUAAUUGAGAAAAUAUCUCGAAAAUAAAUGAGAACCUUCUUUGUAACCUGACUUUGUCAGUCUUCAUAACAAUAACAUUGAGUUGAUAUUUCUUUAAAUAAGGUGCUAAGAAUAAUACAUGUUUUUCUAAACCAAUAUUGUGGCAUUUACAGUUAAGGAAUUAUUAUAGAAUUGUUUAUUUCAAGUUUCCAAAUGUAUAUACCUAACCAAGAAAUCAAAUCAUCCACAUUUUCCAAUCUAAUUUGCUUGUACAUUUGCUAUAUAAUUUGAUAAAAUAACAAUUUUAAACAACUUGAA